AAAUUCCCUAAUUUGUUUUUUAAAUUUUAAACGAUCGAUUUUGAAAUCUUCCAUAAAAUGUCAGAAAAAGUUGCCAUCUUAGAUGCAGGGGCACAAUAUGGGAAGGUGAUAGAUAGGAGAGUGAGAGAGCUAAAUGUAGAAACAGACUUUCUGAACCUGAACACCCCAUCUGAUGUCCUCAUUGCAAAUCAAUACAAGGCUAUAAUUAUAUCUGGAGGCCCGAGUUCGGUUUAUGCGGCAGAUGCCCCCAUGUACGACCCAAACAUAUUCAAAUGUGGCAUCCCCAUAUUAGGCAUAUGCUAUGGCAUGCAGAUGAUAAACAAAGAGUUUGGGGGUAAAGUAGAGAAGACAGACGCCCGAGAAGAUGGUCAAUUUAAGAUUUCUGUCGACAUUAAUUCUCCAAUUUUUAAAAACUUAGACGGCAACCAGAUGGUCCUACUGACGCAUGGAGACAGUGUCGUGGAAGUGGCUAAUAAUUUCAAAGUCAUCGCUCAGUGUGGGAAAACUAUUUCAGCAAUCUCGAACGAGUCCCUCCGAAUUUACGGGGUGCAAUUCCACCCUGAGGUUGACCUAUCGGAGCACGGUCGUCAGAUGAUAAAAAACUUCCUCUUCAACGUGGCCUGCUGCUCCGGAACUUUCAGCUUGACAUCGCGGAAGGAGGGAUGCAUUAAGUACAUCAGGGAUAUGGUCGGCUGCAACAAAGUUCUGAUGUUGGUGAGCGGGGGUGUCGAUUCGUCCGUUUGCUCCGCGCUGCUCCAUCACUCAUUGGACAGCGAUCAGGUCAUCGCCCUGCACAUAGACAACGGCUUCAUGAGAUACAACGAAAGCAAGCGCGUCGUCCAAUCACUGAAUAGCAUCGGGCUAAAGGUCAAAGCUAUAAAUGCCUCUCACACGUUCUACAACGCCAUUGAGGCGAAGGCAAGAAAAUCAAACAACGUAUUUGUCAUAAGCAACAACACCAACAACAACAAUGGUACCAACAACAGCAGUAGUGGCUGUUGUGCCAAUAGAGUUAAACUGCUAUGUCAGACAACAGACCCAGAGGAAAAGAGAAGAAUCAUUGGAGACACCUUUAUGAAUGUGGCUAAUGAUCUGAUCAACGAAUUAAACUUAGUGCCAGAAGAGGUAUUGCUAGCUCAAGGAACGUUGAGACCUGAUCUGAUAGAGAGCGCUUCUGAACUUGCCAGUAAAAAAGCAGACGCUAUUAAAACGCAUCACAACGACACGCAUCUAGUUAGGCAAUUGAGGAAACAGGGACGUGUUGUUGAGCCCUUAAAAGACUUCCACAAAGAUGAAGUUCGGGCCCUAGGGAGAGAUCUCGGCCUACCAGAAGAUCUAGUACAUAGACAUCCAUUUCCUGGUCCCGGCCUUGCCAUUCGAAUCAUAUGCGCCGAGGUUCCGUACAUGGAGAGAGAUUUCAACGAAACUUCGAACUUCGUCAGGUGCAUUGUCGAGUUUCACAAUUCAACUAAGAGGCCCCAAGCUUUCCAUAGCAGAAUCAAAUCAGGGAUGUCAGAUGAAGAGCUGUGCGAGCUGAUAAGAAUCACGGAGUCGACGCCAUAUGCAUCUAAUCUCUUGCCUAUUAAAACCGUGGGGGUCCAGGGAGAUUCACGCACGUACAGCUACGUUCUCGGCCUGUCAGCUGAUGGCAAACCAAAUUGGAAUGAUCUGAUGUUCCUUGCAAAAGUCAUUCCAAGACUCUGUCACAAUAUCAAUAGAGUUGUGUACAUUUUUGGGGGUCGAGUGCAGUACCAGGUAACAGACAUUACGCCAACGCUGCUGAAGCAAAGAGUCAUAGCAACACUUCAGUCAGCCGACCAUACGGUCUACAGAGUCCUCAAAGACACAGGAUACCAUGAUAGCAUUGGUCAAAUGCCUGUCAUCUUGAUCCCUAUCCACUUCCAUAGAAACCCUCAGCACCACGUACCUUCCUGCCAAUAUUCCAUUGUACUGCGACCUUUCAUUACUUCGGAUUUCAUGACGGGAGUAGCUGCUGUCCCUGGUCGACAUAUUCCUGAGGAGGUGAUAAACAAGAUGGUGGAGUUCGUGAAGUUGAUACCCUCCAUAAGUGCCGUCCUUUACGACCUGACAUCCAAACCGCCAGGAACAACCGAAUGGGAGUAGUAGUAGUAGUAGUAGUAGUGGUAGUAGCCACUAGCAGAAGUUGUGGCUGUAAUUGAACUUUAGUCUCAACUGCUGUCAUCAAUCAUUAUCUCUAUAUUUUAGGUAGGAAAGAAAAAUAAUAUAAUUUAAUCUGGAAUUAUUAAUAUUAUAAUAUUCUUCGGUGAAUCAUUUUAGAAAGACUUAUCAAAAUUCCUUAUAUCAUGUGUUUGUUUGUGUGCGUGUGUGCUUCCUGCUAGUGCUCCACACCUUGAUGACUAAUUAAACGGCAUUCACCUAAUUAAUUAGGCCAUCAAAUCGAGUUAAUUAAUCGACUUUGAAUGCUAAUUACGAUUGGCUAUGCGGGAUUUUUAAACUACCAGUGAAUUGUGGUGAGUGUUUAUUUUAACCUUGGUUUCGUCUGCGUACAAUAGUGUGGUUUUUAGAAACAAUUAUUUUAUUAUUUGUUAAUUAUUGUAUUAAUAAUAACGGUUAUUAUUAUUAUUAUUUAUAUAUAUUAUUAUUAUUAUUAAUUAUUGUUAUUAUUAAUUAUAACUAAUAAUAAUCAGAGGACAUUGUAUUUUAAAUACUUUUCUUUACAAGAGUAAACAAUUUUUUCGUGAUCGUC